GCCAACGCAAAGUCGUCUUCGUAGUCCAAUCCAAACUUCCAUCACAAGCUACUACUUCCCCAGGGACAGGGAAUUCUCUUCUCCUUUCAUUCUUUCUCGCUCACCUAUAUAUUUCCCCUCUCUUCCUCAAUUCUCAAGUUCUGUAAAUUCCCAAAUCUCUCUCUCUCUCCUCUUUCUCUCUCUUAAUUUGCAUCAGAAACAACGCCCGCCAACCGCCAUUGAUUGGAAAUCAAAGCAAAGAUGAUGCUCAGAAUUCGCAGCAGAGACGGCCUGGAGAGAGUCACCGUCGACAAUCCCCACGCCACAGUCGCCCAGCUCAAAGCCCUAAUCCAGUCCCAGCUCCAAAUCCCCUUCCACAAUCAGACUCUCUCCACCAACCAGAACCUCCUCCUUGCCAAGACCGCCGGUGAUUUCUCUCGCUUUGCCGACAUGGCCGACCCCAACGCCACUCUCUCUUCCCUCAAUCUCUCCCACGGCUCCAUCGUCUUCCUCGCCUACGACGGCGAGCGCACCGUCGCCGGCUGCCCGGCCUUCCACCCGGCUGGAUCCUUCGGCCGCAAGAUGACCAUGGACGACCUCAUCGCCAAGCAGACGAGGGUCUCGCGCCAGGAGACCUCUCACUGCGAGUCCGUCUCCUUCGAUCGCGACUGCGCCAACGCGUUCCAGCACUACGUCAACGAAGCUCUCGCCUUCGCCGUCAAGCGCGGCGGAUUCAUGUACGGGACGGUGUCGGAGGAGGGAAAAGUGGAGGUGGAUUUCAUAUACGAGCCGCCGCAGCAAGGGACGGAGGAGAAUUUGUUGCUCUUCAGAGAUCCGGACGAGGAGAAGCUUGUCGAGGCGAUCGCGCUAGGGUUGGGGAUGAGGAAGGUAGGGUUUAUUUUCACGCAGACGAUAAGCCAGGACAAGAAAGAUUACACUUUGUCGAACAGGGAGGUUCUCCAGGCGGCGGAGCUUCACGCCGAGAGCGGCCUCAAGGAGUGGGUCACGGCGGUGGUCAAGCUGGAGGUGAACGACGACGGCUCUGCCGACGUCCACUUCGAGGCGUUUCAGAUGAGCGAUAUGUGCAUUAGGUUGUUUAAGGAAGGGUGGUUUGUGACGGAGAUUGGGGAAGAUGAUGAUCCCAAGUUGUCAAAGAUGAAGAACGAUGUUGUUGUUGGGGUCAAGGAUACUAAAGAAGUGGACAAUGAUUUUUUCUUGGUGGUGGUUAAGAUAUUGGAUCACCAGGGCCCCCUUUCAUCAACAUUUCCCAUAGAGAACCGUAAUACCGGAGUAACAAUGAAGGCACUAAAAAGUCAUUUGGACCGUGCGAAGAAUCUUCCAUUUGUGAAGCGAAUUUCGGAUUUCCAUUUGCUGCUGUUGCUGGCCAGGUUUCUGGACCUUGGGGCUGAUGUUCCUGCUUUAACAGACUGUGUGCACAAACAAACAGAAGUACCAGAGGGCUACAAAAUAUUAAUCGAGUCCUUGGCCAAUGCUUGAUGUUACUCUUGAUUGCAUAUUUAUCUUUAGGAUGAUUGUAGGCAAGCGAUAUGCUUGAUUUUGAUUCGAGCAAAUGUGGCUUGUUAUACAUUGGAAAGUUCUAAGUUAUGGAAGGCGUUGAUGCAAAUGGAACCUCUGAGAUCUGUGACUCAAAAUUCAAGCAUUAUGUUGCACAUAAUAUUUAUUUAUAUUAUAGCUGGAUUUUAUUUUCUUGUAAAUAAAAUUAUCUGAAACAUGACAAUACUUAAAAAGUUGUCAUACCACUUUCAUGUAUGUCUUGCUUGAGAAAAGAAAAAAAAAAAAACUUGCGAGAAGCUUCCGUUUUUUUGUGUCUCCAAAGUGCUGGAGAUGGCCGACUGCUGUUUCCAUUUUCGUGAAAACUAGAUGACCAUGUGUGACAUUUUUCAAA